AUGUUGCGUCGCCGCACGCCCAAGGACGAUGUCCCUUCUGACUCGUCCCGCGACGAUGGCAACAAGCAGUCUCAAACAGACGAAGACAAGCUUAGGGCUGAGUUUGGCAAUGCAAAAGUCAAGCAACUCGUCAUACAGCCUCCAACACGAAGUAAACGUCGCAAUGGGCUAAUCUUUCUGUUGGGCGGCAUUUUCGGCAUCUUGAUCGCCGUGGCCUUCGCGAAUCAUAACGACGUUAUUAGCCUUGAGUCGCUAUUGGAAUUAAAUAUCGAUUCUUUGAUGGAUGUUAUUCCGCAAGGAAUUGUGCGCGACGCAAAGGAAUUCUCACAACAUGAACGCGAUGCUGUCAACUAUGAUUCCUUCUCCAUCGGUUUACAGCUUCAAGCGCAAGGUAUAGAAGCUAAACAUCCUGUUAUUAUGAUUCCUGGAGUUAUAUCGACCGGUCUUGAGAGCUGGGGAACGGGCGACAGUUCGCGCCAGUAUUUCCGUAAGCGAUUAUGGGGCAGUUGGACUAUGAUGCGGGCGCUGGUACUUGAUAAGGCAGAAUGGAAGAAUCACAUCAUGCUAGAUCGUGAGACAGGUCUAGACCCACCCGGUAUCAAGCUGCGUGCAGCUCAAGGGUUUGAUGCGACAGACUUUUUUAUCACUGGCUACUGGAUUUGGAAUAAGAUUUUGGAGAAUCUGGCUACAAUAGGCUAUGAUCCAACGAAUGCAUAUACUGCAGCAUACGACUGGCGGCUCUCAUAUCCCGACCUUGAGGUCCGCGACAAGUAUUUCAGCCGGCUCAAGUCCUACAUCGAGACAGCAGUGGAGGUUGGUGGUGAAAAGGUCACUCUGACGUCUCACAGUAUGGGCUCCCAGGUCGUGAUGUAUUUCUUCAAAUGGGUUGAGAGUGAGGACCACGGAAAAGGUGGCAAGACCUGGGUCAAUAAGCACAUCGACUCGUGGAUCAACAUAAGUGGAUGCAUGCUCGGUGCUGUCAAGGGUUUGACCGCUGUGCUAUCAGGGGAGAUGCGCGAUACGGCACAGUUGAACGCCUUUGCCGUUUAUGGGCUUGAAAAGUUCCUCUCCAAAGAAGAGCGAGCGGAGAUAUUCCGCGCAAUGCCCGGUAUUUCCAGCAUGCUACCUAAAGGCGGCGAGGCGAUUUGGGGAAACUCAACCUGGGCACCAGAUGAUCAGCCAGGCCAGGAUAUGAGCUUUGGAAAUAUGCUCAACUUCCGUGAGACCAACUCUUCCUGGACAAAGCACAACCUGACUGCGGCCGAGAGUCUGAAGUACCUUUUGGAUCAAAGUGAUGACUGGUACAGCAACAAAGUACAUAAUAGCUACUCGCACGGCGUAGCACACACCACUCGAGAAGUCGAGGCUAACGAAAAGGACCCGCGCACCUGGCUCAAUCCUCUCGAGGCUCGUCUACCCCUUGCUCCUGAUAUGAAAAUAUACUGCUUCUACGGAGUUGGAAAGCCCACAGAGCGCAGCUACUGGUACCAGGAAGAUAUCGAUCCACUUGUUAAGCUUAACGUCAGUAUCGACACCACAGUUACCCUGAACGAGGGUAUUGAUCGCGGUGUUGUCAUGGGUGAGGGCGAUGGUACUGUCAACCUACUCAGCACUGGAUAUAUGUGUGCCAAAGGCUGGCAUAUCAAACGAUACAAUCCAGCUGGCACAAAGAUCAAGGUCUUUGAGAUGCCUCAUGAACCCGACCGCUUCUCCCCUCGAGGUGGGCCUAAUACCGGUGACCAUGUUGACAUCCUUGGCCGCGCCUCACUGAACGAUCUCAUACUUCGUGUCGCCGGUGGUAGAGGCGAGGAGAUUGAAGAGACCUUCGUCUCUAACAUCCGUGAGUACGCAGAGCGUGUGCAGAUUUUUGACGAAUAG